AUGGCAACUUCAAUACUUGGGGAAGAACCCAGAUUUGGAACCACUCCGUUGGCAAUGUUGGCCGCAACUUGUAAUAAGAUUGGCAAUACAAGCCCAUUAACAACUUUGCCAGAAUCCAGUGCAUUUGGGAAGGGCGGAUUUCACCCAUGGAAACGUUCUGUCUCCAAUUGUAAUCUGGGGUCAGGCCUGUCAGGAUUCAGCGUGGCCAACAGUCGAGCUUCAGGCGGUAUAAGCAACAGUUUCUCGGUGAGCAGCGGUUCCGGGAACAGCGCCUUCUGUUUAGCUUCCACUUCUCCGACGUCUUCAGCAUUCAGCACUGAAUACAACCUCUUCUCCAACUCCGUCUCGGCGAGUGUCAACACGCAAGACACCGGACAAUCGGCUUUCAUAUCCAAAGUGCACGCUUCCGCUGACACUCUUCAGGGAAUGUACCCGAGGGUCGGCAUGGCUCAUCCAUAUGAAUCCUGGUACAAAUCCGGGUUCCACACCAGCAUUUCUGGCGAGGUUGGCAGCGGGGCGUCCUCCUGGUGGGAUGUGCACACUAACCCCAGCUGGCUGGAAGUUCAGAAUCCAAAUGGGGGCCUCCAGCCCACCCUGCACUCCGGGAGCGCACAGGCUUCACUGCACACCCAGCUUAGUACUUACAACGCGGAUUUCUCAACUCUGAGCCAUUCCGCCUUCAGCUCGACCGGGAUCGGCUCCACUGCUUCUCACCUGUUGUCCACGGGGCAGCACCUCCUCGCUCAAGAUGGUUUCAAGCCUAUGAUCCCGUCCUAUACGGAUUCCACCUCGGCUGCAAUCACGGCGAACUCGAUGAUUUCAGGGCCGUCGGGACUAGGCAGUUCAGCCAGGUCCUCACGGCGAUAUUCCGGCAGAGCAACCUGCGACUGCCCCAACUGCCAAGAGGCCGAGCGCCUUGGACCUGCGGGAGCCAGCCUUCGGAGGAAGGGCCUCCACAGCUGCCACAUUCCAGGAUGCGGUAAGGUCUACGGCAAGACCUCUCACCUCAAGGCACACUUACGAUGGCACACUGGGGAGAGGCCCUUCGUUUGUAACUGGUUGUUCUGCGGCAAACGCUUCACCCGAUCGGACGAGUUACAGAGACAUUUGAGAACCCACACGGGAGAGAAGCGCUUCGCCUGUCCGGUCUGCAACAAACGCUUUAUGAGAAGUGAUCACCUCAGUAAACACAUCAAAACACACAGCGGCGGCGGAGGCAAAAAGGGCAGCGAUAGUGAUACCGACACCAGCAACUUGGAGACCCCCAGAUCAGAAUCGCCAGAUAUCCUCAUGGAGGCUGUGCAUUCCAAUAGAGCGAUCAAAACAGCCACUCCGGUACAAAAUGAUUCUUAA